AUGUCGGCGACAUGGCUGUUGCGGCUUUACAAGCCGGAGGAACGGCCGCGAAACCGGGGCGCUGAGUCUACCGGAGCAUCAUUUUUGGAGCAGGGCCUCGGUCUUCAACCCGCCGAGAACCGCGAGCUGGCACAAGGAAUUGGUCUUGGCAUCAAUGGAAAUUCCCUGGUGCGCCAUUGGGCCGGAAAGACCCGGUCACGACCCACCCUCUGUGCCCCACUGCAUCAGGUCUUGGCCGCAAGCGUGGGCAGCAUCAAUGAGCACAGCGAGCGCAUCCGGGCUUCAGCUCCUCAGCAGGCGAAGUCAACACCACCAAGCUGCUACACGGUCGAUUGGCCUGCUGCCGCCACCAUGUCGUAUCCCACGAGAACCCUUGCCAAUCUGCGCAAGAUUGGCCUGAAGGAAUACUUCCGCCAACUCUUGUACAUUGGUGACACCAAGUACGGAGAGCUCGUAGGCGUCGAUAAGUUUGGCAACAAGUUCUACGAGAACAAGGAGGAACUUCCCCUGCGCACUAGAUGGGUUGACUACGCCAAGCACGACUAUGAUGCUGCCCACAUCGAGCCCAUGUGGCAUGCCUGGAUCUCGUACCAGGUCGAUACGCCUCCGACACGAGAGCCCCUGACACAGAUUGAGCGCCCGUGGGCACCGAAAGAGCACGUACCGAACCGCUCGUUUACCCGCGGGGCAUACAAACCCUAUAACACGACACAACCAAAGAUUCAGUCUUGGGAGCCGAAAGCUGCUCCGCGGUGA